AUGAAUCAUUCAGAUGGUGCUCAAUCCCCUCCCUUAUUUGGUAUGUAUCCGUUACCCUAUUGGCCAACAAGUUCGCAAUUAUUAUUGAUGAUGAACUUUCAAAAUCCUUUGAUGAGUCCCAUUCACAAUCUAGGUUCUCCAAUUUUAACUUCCAACAUUAAUUUUCCUCAGCCAACUAUCAACUUUGAUAUCAAAUGCGAUCAAUGUAACAACUUUUCAAAAUAUCUCUAUAGCAUAAAUUAUAAAGGAUGCAUCCCAAGUUAAACAGCCCUAACAAUACUUCAGUCAAAUAUAAACUAUACAGUAAUAAAUUGAAGAAAUGAAUUAUGAUGAUAUCACCCUGGAAAAUCUAGAGCAAAUGAUCCAUUUACUAUUUGCAGAUUCUUCCAAAAUAAAAAAGAUCAUGUAAAAACUGAAAGAAAAAAAAUGUGCUAAGGUAAUCAAGAUCUUAGACACUUUGACCAAAAAAAUCAGAUCGCAACAAAAGAGUAGAGAAGAAUUAAUCAAAUUUUGUUUGAGAAAAGCAUUCAGAGAGAUUUUCCAUCAAAUCCAAGAGAAAAAUACAAAAUCAAGUAAUUAGAUAUCUUUAAAUUUUAGAACUGAACCUCAAAGCUGCCUCUAAACUCUUCUAGCAAUCUUUUCAAGCAGAAAAAUCAAAAUAGAUAUCCUUGCCCUUCAGAAAAAAUAGCAAAAUUAAGACCAUGAACAAUCAAUUUUUGCAUGAAUUAUUCCAAUCCAAAUAAUUUAUAGAUUAGUACAAGACCUUUUUAGGUAUUAUUCUAAUCUCUAUUCUCAGAUAAUCUUGAUGCCAUCAUAGAAAACGAUAGAAAUAAAAAAAUUAAAGCCUUGGCAGAAAAAUCAUGGGAAUUCAUCUCAUCCAACAAAAAAGUAAAGAGUUGCAUUAUAAUAACUUAUAGUCUUAUACUGUCAAAAGGUUGCCAUGGUCUCUUAAGAAUAUAGAAAAACUCAAGGAGACAGCCAAUGAGUUGCUAAACUACUGCGAUGAAUAAUAAAAAUUGUGA